AUGUGGCGCGACUCGUUCAGAUUGCAGAUCUUCUGCCUGCUUAUGGCGGUACUGGCUGUUGUGGUGCUGGUCCAUAAUUUUUUUCAGUUAGAGCACCUGGAUGAUGACACAGUUUUGGGAUCAAAUUGGAUAACAGAAAAUGAUGUCCAGCGUGCUCUAUCACAAACUAUCAAGACUACUGGGAAGCCUUACUGUGGUUAUAAGCAACAGACUUUGUCCAAAAGAGAACAAGCAGAACAGGACUCGUUGCUUGCUGCAAUACAGUGGCCAAACCCACCCGAUGGCAAAAUUGCCUUCCUACAAAGCACUGAUCCUGCACAUAGUGACUUUGUGAUUGUGAAACACAGCGGGUUCUUCAAGGUGGGUGACGAGUUAGAGGUACUUGUGCGUAUGAAGGAUUUCCAAGGAAAACCCAAGCAGUAUGGCGGAGACUACCUACAGGCACGAAUUCACUCUCCUCUGCUGAAAGCUGGAGCAACAGGAAGGAUUGUGGACUGCCAUAAUGGCCUUUACAAAGUCUUCUUUACCUUGCUUUGGCCAGGAGAGGUCAAAGUUUCUGUGUCACUUGUCCAUCCGAGUGAAGCAAUCCAAGUCCUCCUGCGUUUACGAGAAGAAAGGCCUGACAGAGUCUAUUUCAAAAGCUCAUUCAAGUCUGGGAGGUAUUCAGAAACUACCGAGUGCAAUGUCUGCUUGCGUGGAGAUCUCCCAGUCUGUAAUUUCACAGAUCUGUACACGGGUGAGCCAUGGUUCUGUUAUAAGCCUCGGAAACUGCCCUGCGCCAGCCGAAUCAGCCAUGCCAAGGGUGGAUAUCAGAAAGGUCUUCUGACACAAGAAGAAAGCCUCUUUUUCCAAAGUGAUGUGAAUAUCAAAAGGCCGAUUCUCUCCAGUGGACCCGAUUCAGUGAUUGUAAAGCCCAAAGCAUUUACAGGUAAAGUGAACUCUAUAGAAUUCUUGUUUGUAAUUCAUAAUUGCAUUUAUAAAAAGAACAACAGGCAUGAG